AUGUGCAAGUCAAAGGUCGUUUGUGAUGGUGGAAAUGAAAUUGAGAAUGUAAAUCCUGAGGAGGGAGAGGAUGGUGAGGAAGUCAUAAAGGGCAGCGGUUGCGGUCGAUAUCAACCUUUAUAUCGCCGUACUGGAAUCGACCUUAAUGCUGUGUGGAAGAAAAAUGUGAACGAAGACACACAGGUAACUUCAUUCCCCAGAUUUUUUUUCCAUGUAUGA